AUGCCUGUACCGGACGACAAGACUGCUGGUGAGUCCGAGUUAUGUAUACUUGACGCAUACGAGCCGCUCAGUGAAGAAGAUUCAACUACGCCUCCGGGCUCCCCGCCGCUCCGUCUCCCACAUGGCGAUCGAUUGUGUGAUAUUUCUACCACCAUGGUUUCCACCACUCCUCUGGGCACCCCACCGCGGGACAUCCGGUUUCGUUUCGCGACGGAUCAUAAAAGUGUGAAUAGCGUGGUUACUGUGGGGCCAGUUCAUAGCAGUGGAAUCCUCCGCGUCGUGGAUUUGGACAUCGAGAUGGCCGACGUGGAUCAAGACCUCAACCCCACCACAGAUUUACUUGACUCCGACGUAGAGAUGACAGACGAGACGUCUACAGAAAUCCCGAGCUCUACAUGCACGGUGUCCACGUACACCGAGGGGAUGUUUCCCACAAGCAGUGUCAUCCAUGGUGACGAACUGGAAGACAGCCAAACCGUCUCCUCUCAAAUUUCCAAUCGUUUGAGAAGCAUGGAAAGCGCUUCACGAGAUAUGCGCAUCUAUGUAAGAUCCCUAGAGUAA